AGAGGCUUCAAUCGAGUCUCCCCCGCCGGCCCUGGCUCCCCUCGUCCCUCCCCCUCCCACCCUUCCCCAGACCUGGCUAGAGCUCCUUUGGGGAUUUCGGCAGGUGUUCGAGUCUCCUGUCAGCACACAGCGCCCUGCAGCCGGGUUUCAUCCACAGCCGAGAGCCUUCCCUCUCUCGGGGCUCACACUUCCCACGCCCAGCCUCAGGCAAGAUCCUGACCCCAGGACUUGUAAAAGCCAAGCCAAAGCCCAAACAUGGAAGCAGAAGAGCCUCAUACCACCAUGGAUGCAGAGGAGCACCCUUCUUCAAAGGACCCCUCUGCUGAGGACUCACAGGAGCCCCCUCUCCCUGACACCCCUUUGGAGCCUUUCAUCUCUCAGAUCCCUUUAGAGCCCCACACCUCUGGAUCUCAGAUGAUGUCACCCACUUCCCAUUCUGAGUUAGAGACCUACACCUCCGAAAACCCUUUGGAGCCUUCCAUCUCUGAGCCUCCUCUAGAGCUCAUCACCUCUGAAUCUCAGAUAGUGCCAUCCACUUCCCAGACCGAGUUUGAGACCUACACCUCUGAAAACCCUUUGGAGCCUUCCAUCUCUGAGCCUCCUUUAGAGCCCCACACCUCUGAAUCUCAGAUGAUGUCACCCACUUCCCAUACUGAGUUAGAGACCUACACCUCCGAAAACCCUUUGGAGCCUUCCAUCUCUGAGCCUCCUCUAGAGCUCAACACCUCUGAAUCUCAUAUGAUGCCAUCCACUUCCCAGACCCCUUUAGAGACCUACACCUCUGAAAACCCUUUGGAGCCUUCUGUCUCCAAGGCCUCUGUAGAACACUCUAUCUCUAAUGUCCCAGAGGAAUACUCUACUUUACAAAACUCAUCACCAGACCAGGUCUCUGAUGCUCUGAAGAAAGGCCUCUCCUCUGAGGUCUCAUGGCCAAGAAGAUCCACACAAAUCCGUGAAUCUGAGAUGCUUCCAAAGCAUUCCCUUGUAGGCCCUUCAGCCAAGGUCCACCUGGACACAUUUGAAAAGGAAAGGGAAGAGGAAGGAGAGGACAAGGAGGGGGAGGAUGCCACUGUCAGCACCACUCACACAGCUCAGCCUGGACGUCAUCUGGGCAAGAAAAAGGAGAAGAAAGGAGUUAGCCGUGACACAGCCAGUCCAGUGGUCCCUGCUAAGCAGGCAGAGCAGGUGGGAGUGCCUAAGACAAUGCACAGAGAGAAGUUCGGUGCUCAGGCGAACAAUCUUUUCCAAUGGGAGAAGAAUGCUGCCCUGAAGGCCACCCAGACAGGUCUCUACAUUGGUUGGCGUUGCCCCCAUUAUCUAUGGGACUGUUUCCGAAUUGGGGAUGAAUCCAGGUGCUUUUGUGGACACUUGUUGAGAGAGCACCGGGUCGUAUCAGAUAUAUCUGUGCCUUGCAAUGUGAGUCAGUGCCGCUGCCUCAUGUUCUGCUUUAUACCAUCACGCCCAGAGGAGGUGGGUGAGUUCUGGCUCAAGAGGCGGGCCACCUUUGACCCCAAGGCCUGGAGGGCCCAGUGUCGCUGCAAACACAGCCAUGAAAACCAUGCAGCUACCGGGUGCCAUCCCUGCAGGGUCAAAGGCUGUUGCUGCAACUGCUUUGAGUCUAAUUUCCUCUGUGCAGCCUGUGACCGGCGUUGGGAGGAACACGAGACUUUCUUUGAGACUGAGGAGACCCGGCGACGAGGAGGGAGGCCUCGUGGGACAGACACAGUCAACAGCUGGCACAGGCCUGUGUGAGCCUGGCCCAAAUCAGCAAUAAAGGAGAAGCCACUGGA